UCCUGACGGGCACCUGCUGCUCCAAGCAAUUCUCAGGAUGAUGGUGUUCGCGUUUUGGAAGGUCUUUCUGAUAUUAAACUGCCUUGCAGGUCAUGUUAGUAUGGUGCAAGUGACCAUCCCAGACAGUUUCUUGAAUGUGACUGUUGGAUCUAAUGUCACUCUGCUCUGCCUCUAUACCACCACUGUGACGUCGCUGGACAAGCUCACAAUCCAAUGGUCUUUCUUCCACAAUAAGGACAUGGAGCCAAUUUCUCAUGGCUCGCACCCCAAUACUGAGGGUAUGGAGGAAAAGGCAGUCAGUCAGUGUCUAAAUAUGGCGCAUGCAAGAGACGCACGGGGAAGAUGUAGCUGGACCUCUCAGAUUUACUACUAUGAAGGCGGACAAGCUUCGGCUAUUGGGCAAUUCAAGGAUCGAAUUAUAGGGUCAACAAAUCCAGAGAACGCAUCGAUCACUAUAUUGCAGAUGCAACCAGCGGACAGUGGAGUUUACAUCUGUGAUGUCAACAAACCUCCAGAUUUUGUCGGCAAAAACCAAGGCAUUCUUGCUGUCACUGUGUUAGUCAAACCUUCCAAGCCCUUUUGUACCAUCCAAGGAAGACCAGAAGCAGGCCACCCAAUCUCCUUGUCUUGCCUUUCUGCCGUUGGAACACCGUCCCCUGCAUAUUACUGGUAUAAGAUUGAGGGAAACACCAUUGUGCCAGUAAAAGAAAGCUUCGACUCAGCCACUGGAGUUUUGGUUAUCGGAAAUCUGACAAAUUUUAAGCAAGGUUAUUAUCAGUGCACUGCCAUCAACAGUCUCGGCAAUAGUUCCUGUGAAAUUGACUUAACCUCUUCACAUCCAGAAGUCGGGAUCAUCAUUGGGGCCUUGAUUGGCGCCCUGAUAGGCGCUGCUGUCAUCAUCUGUGUGGUGUACUUUGCACGGAACAAAGUUAAGUCAAAGCAAAGGAAGAGGAACUUAAACCUGAGCACGGAACUUGAGCCAAUGACAAAGGCAAGCCAUUCCCAAGACAAUGAAGUCAUUCCAUCUGAAGAGAUCCAGCUAGAAGCAACUUAUCCAUCUUCCAUCCAUGGCGCCCAAUCCACUGAACCUCCUACUGCCAUCUCAGGACCAGAAUACGAGCCUGACCCCCAGCUUGAAACCACCACACAGCCUGACCCUGAACCAGAGCCUAUUCCAGUGCCCGAGAUGGAGAUUCAGUUGGAACCAGAGCUGGAGCCAGAGACAGAGCCUGAGUCUGAGCCUGAGCCUGAGCCUGAGCCUCAGCCUGGAAUUAUAGUUGAGCCCCUGCGCGAGGAGGGGAAGGAUUCAGUUAAGGCAUAG